AUGUCAUCUUCUGGGAACAAAUCUUUCCAUCCUACAUCCUUUAUCCUACUUGGAAUACCAGGAUUGGAGAAAUCUCAAUUCUGGAUUGCCUUCCCAUUUUGUGCCAUGUAUAUGUUGGCUCUGAUGGGAAAUAUUACCAUUCUCCAUGUAGUACGUAUUGACCAUACCCUCCAUGAACCAAUGUUUGUCUUUCUGGCCAUGCUGGCUUUUACUGACUUAGUUUUGUCCUCCUCCACUCUUCCAAAAAUGCUGGGAAUCUUCUGGUUUGGUUCAUGUGAGAUUGAGUAUCACGCCUGCCUCACCCAAGUCUUUUUCAUUCAUGCUUUCUCUUCUGUGGAGUCAGGUGUUCUCAUGGCGAUGGCCCUGGAUCGUUAUGUGGCCAUCUGUUUCCCUCUGCACCAUUCAACUAUUUUAUCUACCUCAGUAGUGGUCAAACUAGGUAUAGCAGUGAUGGUAAGGGGUGUGUUGUGGGUGAGUCCCUUCUGCUUUAUGAUCACCUGGAAGCCCUUUUGCUCCAAUAGAAUCAUCCCCCAGUCAUACUGUGAGCAUAUGGCUGUACUGAAACUUGUAUGUGCUGAUACCAGAGCAAACCGUAGAUAUGGUCUUUUUGUGGCCUUCUCUGUGGUUGGUUUUGACAUUAUUAUCAUUGCUGUGUCUUAUAUUAUGAUCCUGCAAGCUGUGUUACGUUUGCCAUCAGGGGAAGCUAGGAUUAAAGCAUUUGGCACAUGUGCCUCCCAUAUUUGUGUCAUUUUGACCUUUUAUAUUCCUGCCCUCUUUACAUUUCUUACCCAUCGCUUUGGUCAGCAGGUUCCUAGGGUGGUCCACGUAAUGUUAGCAAACCUUUACCUUUUAGUGCCUCCAAUGCUCAAUCCCAUCAUCUAUGGUGUGAAGACCAAACAGAUCAGGGAAAGAGUAGCUCAUGCCUUUUGCCAGAAGGUUACCUGA